UUCUGUCCUGACAAGCCAUCAGCAUCUCGUCCAGCGUCAUCUCUCAUCUGAUUUCCUCGAAGAAAUUCAGAUGGCAUUAUUUUUUCCCCCUCUCGCCGCAUCGCGUUGCGAUCCGUGGCAGGAGCUCAUUAAAAAUCGCUCGCUUCAAUCCAAUCGCGAAUUGUUCAGCCUCGGUGACAUAAGAGGCACCUCUCGUAAGAAAGGGACCGAUCGAGCGAGCGAGGAGGAGAGCGCGGGCAGAGGUUUCCGCAGCCGCUAGUCCGCUCCAAGAACCGGGGCAGGCGGAUCGGCCAUGGCGCCGCCGCUGCGGGAGGAGGAGGGCGGCGAUUCGGCGGCGGCGCUGCGGGCGCCCGCGCACGUGAUGGCGCGGGUGUUCUCGCAGCUGGACUGCGUCGACCUCCUCAGCUGCUCCCUCGUCUGCAAGCAAUGGUACCACGAUUCUGCAGAGCUUAGAGAGGAGUGGAGGAAGGAGUACCUGGAUGCUUGGAACCAGUUUGGAUUAUCCGUGACGCGUGAGCCGCAACCGCUAUGCCCUACUUGCUCACUGAGAAGCUUGCGUAGUCUAUGCCCAUGACCUUGCUGCUAUCUUGCUCUCCUGUCAUUUUAAUCAGGCAGAAAGGUACAAUAGAUUUUACUGUUCAUGGCGAUUGUUACAAGAUCAUGUAUAUGGGCAAUCAAACCUGUUGUUUUACAUGGUGUGUAAUUAACAAUGUGCACAUGUACAUGUUUGGUGAGUGAUGUGUUGUAUUCCCCAUUAUGCAAGAUAAGCAAGAACCUUCCAUUAGGAAUUUAGGA